GUGACGCACAUAUCGCGCGACAUUCUGAACACGGCAUCAUGGCGGCUCCUAACGAGAAGAAGCGUGGUCUGGAACAUUUGGACGAAUAUGAGCCAAAACCAGCCAAACAUCUCCGCAGUUUGCACGACCGCAUGGCGGACAGGAGGCUGGUGGUCAUCCUGGAGGGAGCGUCGUUAGAGACAGUGAAGGUUGGAAAAACCUUUGAGCUGCUAAACUGUGACCAACACAAAAAUAUCAUUGUCAAAAGUGGAAGAAAUCCAGGACAUAUCCGGCCAGACAUCACACACCAGUCCCUGCUCAUGUUGAUGGACAGUCCUCUGAACAGGGCGGGUCUGCUGCAGGUUUACAUCCACACAGAGAAGAACGCCUUGAUAGAGAUCAACCCACAGACCCGCAUCCCCAGGACCUUCACUCGCUUCUGUGGCCUCAUGGUCCAGCUGCUCCACAAGCUGAGCGUCCGGGCUGCUGACGGCCCCCAGAGGCUCCUGAGGAUGAUUAAGAACCCGGUGUCGGACCACCUUCCUCCCGGCUGCCCUCGUAUCUCCACCUCCUUCUCUGCCGGAGAGGAGGCCAUCUGUCCCCGGACUCUGGUGCCAGAGGGGCCGGCUGCUGUGGUGAUCGGAGCGUUCGCACACGGAGCGGUGAAUGUGGACUACGCGGAGAAGACUGUGUCCAUCAGUAACUACCCGCUCUCCGCAGCGCUGACCUGUGCUAAGAUGUGCUCUGCCUUCGAGGAGGUGUGGGGCAUCCUGUGACAAACACUCAAUAAACUGCUGGGGUUCCCCUCACAGAGACUUUUUUGACUGGACUAUAAAUGGAUGUGAUGUCCGUUUCCCCAGUGAUGCUGCGUGGACCACCGACAUGAAUACCCUUACACUCUGCAGGUGUAGAGAUGUAUGACCACCAUAUGUAAUUUACAUAGGUUUCUGUACUCAGUGUUCCCUUUUCAUGUAGAAGUAUGAUGUUUUUUAUACUGUCAAUAAUUACUGAGGUUUGGAUAAUCUAUCAAUACAGUUACAUUAAAAUAUUUGACUACA